AUGUUUUUUUCUAAAAUCAGGAGCACAAAGAAAUCAGAUGAGGACAUUCCUUUUCUACCUCGUUUGCAAAGUGAAGCUCCUGGUAUGUUUAUAGAUAAUGUUUUUGCAACUCUUGGCUCUCAUUCGGUACCAGUUAAUUCCUCAGAACCGACACUGCUGGUCUAUCCCUUUUUGUUAUUGUUUCUUGAUGAGCUGAGGGGGUUUCUUUCUGUACCUUUUAACACUCCUUGCCUCAUUGUUAAUGGACUGGAGCGCCUGGUUGAAGCAUCACCUGUGGUGAAAAAGGUUCUGCCUGUUGCAAUGGCUUUCACCUUUGGUGUGCUAUUUGCCAAGAGAAUAUAUGGUGUUAAAGAGUAG